UAAAACUGCUCACAGGGAAAUUUCUCAAAUAAGAGGCAUUUUGUUCCUGGUAACCCUGGCACCAUACCAUAGAAUAUACAACACAGAUUAAAUAAGUAGUUAACCUAAGUCGCUUGAGGUCAGUAAAGAAAUGUCUGUUUUGAACAAGUUUACAGGUUUACUAGUUUCUUUAAAUAAAUUGGCACUAUCGGGCUGUGUUAAUAAACAUGCAUAUUUACGCGGAUAUGCUGUGCGUAGACCUCUGUGGAGCACCACUACAACAUCCCACCUCCACUCAGUGCCAGAGACACAGAAGAUGAUACUGACAUCAUCAGAAACCACAGAAGAGGAACAAAAACAAUCAAAUGAGAUAAUUUCCAAAGUCAACAAGCAGUUGCAGCAGCAGAGUGAGGGUCGCCUCUUUGCAGUUGUGCAUAUCUGUGGCAAGCAGUUUAAAGUCACCACUGAGGACUUAAUCAUCAUAGAGGGACACUGGGCCCCACAAAUUGGGGAUGAACUCAAGCUGGAAAAGGUAUUACUGGCGGGGGGUACAGAUUUUACCCUGAUUGGACGCCCAGUUCUCUCUUCUGAACUUGUAUUGGUGCAUGCUACAGUCAUUGAAAAGGCACUGUCUCAUAUCAAGACAGUGUUCAAGAAGAAGAGAAGGAAGCAGUUUCAGAGGAUAAACUUUCAGCGGACCCCACACACCAUGCUCAGGAUAAACAGCAUCCAAAUCAAACCAGAAAUAAAUGUCAAGAAGGAUGUGGAAGGACUCGAAAGCAGAAUAUUUUAAGUUUUGCAACUAAAAUGUAAAAAGGUGUUACUUUAGUCUUUUGUUAAUAAAAUGUGUUCUUUUAAAUGAUA